AUGCCGGACAAGUUAAAUAGGCGUCUGGUGGGUAGCGGGGACCCGGUGGAAGUUCGAUUGCAGAACCGUAUGGGCGGUGCGGGUCAGGGAAAGGACCUGCUGUUUACUGAAGACUUGUCCAAAAUCAUGGUACUCUUUGGGGACGUGGGCAAAUCAAGGGUUUCCAAAAUAGGUGAGGUCACGGGAUUCACUCGGUCAUCCUCACUAUUAGCACAUCAGCGAGUUCACACUGGGGAGACGCCGUUCAUCUGCUGUGAAUACUGUGGGAAGAAAUUUACUCGGUCAUUUGAUCUCCAGGUACAUCACCGUGUUCAUACGGGGGAGAAACCGUUCACCUGUUCUGACUGUGGGAAGGGAUUCCAUGGACCACCUGACCUUAAUAGACACCAGCGAUUUCACACUGGGGAGAAGCCGAUCACUUGCCCAGGAUUCACUCAGUCAUCUGGACUACUGGUACACCUGCGAGUUCACAGAGGGGAGAGACCAUUCACCUGCUCAGACUGUGGGAAGAGAUUUUCUCAGUCAUUUGAUCUCCAGGUACAUCACCGAGUUCAUAUGGGGGAGAGACCGUUCACCUGCUCAGACUGUAGGAAGGGAUUCCAUGGACCACCUGACCUUAAUAGACACCAGCGAUUUCACACUGGGGAGAAGCCGAUCACUUGCCCACAAGAGGCCACAGCACUACAGCUGCCCAUCCACGUCCUACAUCAGCACCAGUCUUUGUCUCCAAACAGCCCUUCCAGUUCACCCGAGGAUGUUCUUGCUUUCAUAAGUGUUUGUCUGUUGCGUGUGCUGCUGUACCCUACACUCUGGGUCGACGAAUCGUUGUCUCGUUUGUCGGUGAGCAUGUGUGUAGUUAAACGAGAGUAA